AGGGUAGCCAGGGCUCCACAGAAUAAAUUCUGUCUCAAUAAAAUAAAAUAAAAAUAAAGAAUAUAAUUCCUUAGCAAAUACUUUUAGAAAGGGCCUCCAUCAGUAAGAUUAGAACAAAAGAGCUUAGAAAGGUCACAGGGCAGUGGCUCACACCUGUAAACCCAGAAGGUAAGAGAAAUAGGUAAAAUUAAAUGACAUUCAGACUUAGCAGUUUCAUGUCUUUUAGUUAUAAACUUGUCUUCUUGUUAAUAUAACUACAUCAUAUUUUUAGUCUAGUUUCUUUUACAUGUUUGUGUAUGUGUUUUUUAUAUGUGUGAGCGUAUGUGUGCUCCUCUUAGACAAGCGAUUGAUAUNAAAUAUUUUAAUCCGUUACUUUCCACCUAAUACACUGAGGCAGAGUUUCUCACUAGAACCUAGAGCUUACCAGUUCUAUUAGUCUAGCUGGCUUACCCUGAGUAUCCCUACCUCUGCUCCNCACGCAUACUUACUGUCCUGGCAUUUAUGUGGGUGCUGGAGAUCUGAACUUAGGUCCUUUCACUUUGCAUGAUAGCACGCUCUCUGCUGAGCCAUGGCCCUAUCCCCAGCAUUUGGGUUUUCUUAUGGAUUCACAAUUGUUAGCAUAUUAAUUCUUUUCUUGAUAAAACCUUGUCGUUGAGUUAAUAUGUGUUUGAAUGUUAGCUUAUAUUGGUAGUUAGCUUUCCUAAAUGUAAAAGAACUAUUUGACAAUUGGUAACACAUAGCAUGUUUCUAUUUUUGUUUGUGUGGUUGUUUCUUGUCUUAAGGAGACAGGCUGGUAGCAGUGUUGAAAGGUCUCUACAGCAGAUGUCUCUAUAGGUGGUUUACACCAUGCUUAAUUUAUAGAAGGUGUGGGGUAAAUGGUGAUCUAUUAAAUAUUUAAUAUGAAAAUAAAAAUAUUUUCCCUAAAUGAUAUAGCUUAAACCCUUUCUGUUUCUUGAGUUCAGGGUCAUAUAGCAAAGUUUGAUACAGGAAUAAGUCAACUACCAAAUUAAAUGCAUGUGUGCCAUGUAGGUAAUAGUUACUGAGAAAUGACUUAUAGUAGCUUUACCUAAUCAUCAGAAUCUUUUUUAUUACACUUAAUAAAUCACUUCUAAACUGAUCUAAAAUAUGCUUGUGUAUACUUACAAUUACCUUGCAUGGCUUUCUGACUUGGGUUCUUGUGGUAAACAUGCCUGUUUUGUUCAUGUGUCUUGAGAGAACAAGCAUUGUGACAUAUACUAGGCUGAUUUAAAAUAGAUUGCCUGUGAAACACAGUUUGAGUCCAGUUGUUUUUGAGGUAUGGAGUUUUAGCUAUCGUGGCUGGGUUUUUACUCAAUCUCAAAUAAUAGGGCUCUGGUUAUUUUGCAGAGUGUCUCUGAAGAAUGGACAGAAUUGCCCUGGCUAACUACAAGCUACGGUUCACAGUGGAUAAAUAGAUGCCCGUGUGGUAAAAGACAUGGCUACCGGGAAGUCUAAGGGAUAUGGCUUUGUCUCCUUUUUCAACAAAUGGGAUGCAGAAAAUGCCAUUCAGCAGAUGGGUGGCCAGUGGCUUGGUGGAAGACAAAUCAGAACUAACUGGGCAACCCGAAAGCCUCCAGCUCCAAAGAGUACAUAUGAGUCGAACACCAAACAGCUGUCAUAUGAUGAGGUUGUGAGUCAGUCUAGUCCCAACAACUGCACUGUGUACUGUGGAGGGGUGACGUCAGGACUGACAGAACAACUAAUGCGUCAGACUUUUUCUCCAUUUGGACAAAUAAUGGAAAUCCGAGUCUUCCCAGAUAAAGGAUACUCAUUUGUUCGGUUCAGUUCCCAUGAAAGUGCAGCACACGCGAUUGUUUCUGUUAAUGGUACUACCAUUGAAGGGCAUGUGGUGAAAUGCUAUUGGGGCAAAGAGACUCUUGAUAUGAUAAACCCCGUGCAACAGCAAAAUCAAAUUGGAUAUCCACCAACAUAUGGCCAGUGGGGCCAGUGGUAUGGAAAUGCACANCAGAUUGGCCAGUAUGUGCCUAACGGUUGGCAAGUACCUGCCUAUGGAAUGUAUGGCCAGCCAUGGAGCCAGCAGGGAUUCAAUCAGACCCAGUCUUCUGCACCGUGGAUGGGACCCAAUUACAGUGUGCCACCACCUCAAGGGCAGAAUGGCAGCAUGUUGCCUAGUCAGCCUGCUGGGUAUCGAGUGGCCGGGUAUGAAACCCAGUGAAAACAGACUACAGACCGGAAGCCAGUGGCUUGAAGCCACAGGGAGGGUAGGAAAGCAGUUGUUUACGUAAAGAUUUAUCAAAUCAGUCAGUACAAAUGCCAGAUACAAUGUAUUUAUUUAAAAGAUUCAUUUUUUUAAUCAUGAAAUUACUUUUCAUCCACAUUGUUUUAAAAAGGAACACAAUGGUGGAUGUUUGCCAAUUUUUGCCUUCAUUAUCUUUUUUGAUAAAGUUUCUCAGAUCCUUGUUUCAAAGACAAAUGCAGGGAUUACUGCCACUUUUUUAAAAAAUAAGAGGCAGAAAAUUGCACAAUGUUGAACUUUUCUCCACUAAAAUCGUGUGCAGUUUUAGUUUGCAUUCCUGAUAGGAUUUAAAACAUGUAAUAUAGAUGUAAAAAAAAAAAAAAAGCCAAACUUGUGCAAAGUCUAGAAGUUCUCUGACUUUCAGUGUGCACACAGUUGUCUUAGGUUUAAAGAAUAAUAGACAUUGCGUGAACUAUACCAUCUCCACUAUUAUCCCUUUGGAAUUUUUAAAUGUAAAUUAUUAGUUUAUAUCAUUUUAUAUCCACAUUUUUUCACAAAUUUGUCCUGCCUUAUGAAAUAUCUGUAAAAUAUUCUUAAAUGAAAAAAAUGAUGUUCACUUAGAUUGAAAACUUUUCUCAGAUGGACCGAUAAUUGCAUUCAUCUUGUUUUUAUAAGAGAAGGUGCCUCAAGGAUUCCCUGUUGGAUUUGUUUAAAAGGACUUUUUAUCUUCUGUGAUAACCUUUGCCAUGUACCAGGAACUAGGAAAACAAGAAACUUGUUCUAAAGAGAUCUGCAAUGUGAUAAGUCCUCGACACAUCAGUCUCGUGCGUCAGCAUUUAUGCUUACAUGCAUUGUUGUCUAAGAUACUUCAGCAAGUCAUAUUGUGCAGUUAGCAAACUUUGUAUGUCAUUUCCUCCUACAGGUGUCAUGAAGAGUUGACGUAAGACAGAUUUUACAUUUGCAUGUGAAUAUCACAUACAUACUUUGGUAGUCUUUGAUACAAACUCAUCUGCUCUUGUUUUUCAAGCAUUUUGAGACACAAAGUUGUAUGUAAAGGAAUAUAUUAAUUAGUUGUUUUUUUAGUUAGAUUUACUUAAAAAAGUAAAUCCACUUUAAUGUGUACAAAUGAUAGCUGUGAAACUGUAGAAUUUUUCUCUGUCAGGCUUGGGAUUCACUAAGAACUCCAAAACUAGCCUGAAGGACCAGCCGGGCAAAACAUUUUUUAAAUAUUCAGAGGCCAAAAUAUGAACAAACAAAUAAAAAAAAAAAAACUCUUAAAAGUCCUACCUCCUUAAACAGCCUUCAAGGCAAAGCCCCUGCGCAUAGGCGUGGCUUUGGUCUUGGUCCCUGGUCUCUUGGAGCCCCCAUAGUACUAAUGAAGUUUGCUCUUCGAUGGNGUUGUUCUAGCCUUGGGGUUCCUAAUAUAUUUCAGAGUCUCUUGGUUUGGUGUGGUUUCAGUGAUGACCACACCUCCUCACAGUAGAGAGGAAGGAGCCCUGUGCACUGUGGGUUUGAAGCCUGCAGAGAGCUCCCAGCAUUUUACUUAGGCCUGUGGAAUUGGAAGCAUUUCCUGGCCUGUAUCUUUCAGGUAGGAGCACACAACUCUAACCUGUUUUCUAAGCCAGUCCCCUUGUACAACAGAGCCCAGGAAGACAGUCUCAAAUGUGUGCUUCUCUGGAGCUCAAUUCUAUGCAGUUGUGCUAAUGUUUCAUUAAGUCACUGUGUAUUUUUAAGUACUAAAACAUUGAAAUUUGCUUUAUGGAAGAUGAAUAAAUUUUUUAAAUACUUGGAAAUUUUAUUUCUUUGUAAACUUCUACAGAUCAGGACAGGCAAUAAAAGCAGCUUAAAUAAAAUACUAAAAACAAAAAGACAAAACCCCACACAUCAGGAUGCUAUCUUUAGGUUUUUCUGGAUUUGUCUCUAUUUUAGCAUCCUUAGUAUAUGUCUCUGUUUAAGAAUUUUACUUCCUUUGUAACUUUAGACUGCAGGAUCUUUUGGGCACAAGUAAUUGAUUGUGUGCAAAAGUGUAGUUUCUCUCUUCUUUUGACUCUUUCAAGUAAUAAGGACUUUUAUUAGUAGCAUAUUCUUAUUGCACAGAUCUUAAAAUUCAUGUUUAUUUGCUGUUAAAAAGGUGGUGGUGCUGUGUUCCUGAUGAAAGACUGACAUAUCAGGAACAUAGCUGUUGUUACUUUAAAUAAAUCAUUAAGUCAUUUCUCAACCUAAAAAACUUCAUCCUGGUAUAAGUAUCAGGUAAGGAAAUGAAGGUUUUUAAAGUGAACUUNCUUGCAAUAUGCAUUCAGGUUUUAUUCUCUGGUACUGUAAAGAACCCGAGUGACUCUCAGUGGGUCAUGGAGCCAGUAUUCUUUAUCCUGACUGUUUGGAUAUUAAAAUUCCUUUAUGUUUUAUAUGA